AUGUCUAGCAAUAAUGCGUUGAAUUUAAAAGCAAUUACAAGUCGUCAGCUACGGAGCGUAUCCUUGCUUUUGCUUCUAAUACUUCUAAUCCACUUAACGCGUGAAGUGGACGCCGGCAGUUUCGCGGUUGAUCGAACAGUCCCCGCCUGCAAAAUACCCCGUAUUCCCCUGCUCUGUGAAAGCAAAAUACUGCGCUAUGCCUACAAUGCCACCACCGGCAAAUGUGUGAGUCUCUAUACCAGCGGUUGUGCACCCAGUGCGAUCACAAAACAUUUUCUCACCUUCGAGGAGUGUCGACGCGAUCGUAUGAAAAUACUUCGAUACUAA